AUGAGAAACGAACAGCCGGACCGACAAAUAAUUGUGCACAGUGACAUCAAACCUGCGAACAUCCUGAUAACGCGGGAAUUUGUCGCGAAAAUUGGUGAUCUGGGCCUCGUGCAACGUGUUGCGGAUGCAGGAAAUAUGCGGUGCGGAACCACGGACUACAUGGCCCCGGAGGUUGAAAUGGGGAAACAGGUUCCCGAAGAAGAAAGAUUCAAGCGCGACAUCUACGCGACCGGUAUUGUUAUUCGAGACAUGAUACGCAGAGAGCGGGGGCUCGGCGGAAUCCGUUCACCGACGACAACGCCGGGAUCUCCGGCGGCCCUUCUAUAUGGUCUAGCGGACACGGCAUCGAACUCGGACUACGCUCAACGCCCGCACGCGGAAGCCAUGCUGAAAUCGACUUCGGAAACUAAAUUUCCGCAUGAAUGGCUACCGGAGCACCGUAGGGGAACCGAGACGCUGACGCCACCAAUUGGACUGGAAGGUGUAGCCAACGAACUACUACCGCCAUCGGCCUUGAGCAUUAGUUCGUUGGAAGAAAGACGGACGUUGGAACAACCCGUAAACAACACGCAGGCCCCAACCUAUCCUCUGCUUGACGCUUGGCGAAACAAGGCUGAGCGAGAAACCAAUUUUGAUGAUUUGAUCGUGGCCACUCUCCAGGAUAUGGAGCUUUAUUGUGGAGAGUCGAACGUGGAGUUCCACUUGACCAGGGACAAUGAGUGGAAUUUAAUUUUCCCACCCGAAUGCAAAUUGGCCAACCUUGAUGGCGAUGCACGCGGACAAUCGAUCAACGCACUACGAGCGUGGUGCUACACAGAGUUCAAGAAAAGCGUUGAGGCGGAUAUGGAGGCGAAGUGGGGCGCUUUGAUGGAAGGCGAGCUUGCUCUCUGCACGGGCCAGGGCGGAAGGGUGUAUAAACCUCUUGACGAUCGACGGUCUAUACUUCGCGAGCCGGUGCUGCGACCGUUUUUGCGAUGCCUUGCACUUGAUCGAUUUAUUCAGGAUGCGUGCGUCCAUUUCGCCAUCCACAUCCUCGUCACAUGCGAGGGGACCCUGCUGUCCACCGAAGAAAAGAUUCGCCUGCUCCAGAUGGCCAAAGCUAACAUCGAGCAGCUACCUAGUGUUGUCACGACGCGCUUGAGCUACCAAUACCAUCUUAUUGCUGGGUCUUUUUAUCGAUGGUUCAAAGUUUCAUCGGAAUGGUAUGUGCGGAUGGAUUUUGGCGAAAUCCGAGCCAAGCGCAAGUCUGGAGUACAAAAUGAUCCACACACAAAGGAUCAUGAGUGGGAUGAGGUGAACGCGAGAUUGCUGGACGCCGCUCCGCUGGAUAUCGAGCCGCUUCGACGAGCUAUUGACGAUCGAAUUGAUACGUUCCACCACUUUCUAAGAGAGGGCGCGGGCGAAGUUGAGGAAACGGAGUCCCGUGAAAGCAACUUGGGCGGCGGGGUCCUUACUGCGGCGCAAGUCGAGGAAUCUAUCGAAACUUUCCGCAAGCUAGCGAUCGCCUACGUUUUCAACCCUCAACGCCCACCAACACCCCGUCGCUGCACAUGCCGAGAUGGGGAAGAAGGGGUCUGUGACGCGCUCGAAUGCAAGCGAAAACCGGAAGUCGUUGGCUUUAUCGAGGCAUGGCCCAUGUACGAAGCGGCCUUUCGAUAUGUUUGCCAUUGGAACAUUAUACCGGAACACCCGGAAAUGCAUCUACUAAUCGAGGAACUGUUGAAGAAAGCGAAGGAGGUACCAUCGAUAUCUCCGUACGUAAUCUACACCUUCAAAACGACGGGCGAGGAUCCGAUCGUUGGUGCGGAUCUGCGGGCCGACUUCUUUGAGACGCGACUUCUCACGGGGGAGCAGUUCCAAGCACUGCCCCACCUAGAUGGGAUCGGCGGCGAGCGGGCCAAGAAUGGGCGAAGAGGUGUUAGGAUGGUGGAAUUUGCCAAUCUCACCGCCUUGCUAGAGAUCAUGGCAGGGUGCUGGAAAAGCAAGGUGAUGGGAGGUGAG